AUGUACGGCUGCGAUGAGUACUUCGACGACAAACUCAUCGGUCGCAUCUACCGACUCCGCGAUGACCCGAGUCGCAUGUUCUCGGUCUGCCUAUUGCCCCCUCCGUCAUCAAAGUUGUACCUUACAUCGGAGCAAUACAAGUGGAAAAUGAGGGUAUUGCCACCGCAGAAGAAUGAUCAAAUGCUCAAAGUCAUAAAGAAGACGAUCAUCGAGCUGAACAAGCAAUACAUGCUCUUUUGGCGCAUUGGUCUGGAAGUGUCACACUUGACGAUGAGCCCUCCCCUAUGGCCCCGCCAUUUAGAGGAGUACUCGACUAAGCUGUACGCUUUCAAGGAGAAGGAUCAAGAGUUUCCGAUGGCAGUUGAGACAACACUAUCUAGAGGCUGUCGCGUUUUGACCGCGGAUACCAUUCUGGUACGCGAGAAAGAUGACAUGAACGGACCCAAACGCGGCAUGCCGCUAAAGACAUGGCUUCUCUCGCUGGUCAAUAGUAGCAAUCGUCUGGGUGAAGCUGGGUGGCAGCUCCAGCGGGGAUGGUGGGCUUCGAACGGUCAGAACUUCCUCAUCAUGACGUUGCCAGCCGAAAUACGCUGCGAGAUUCUCCGGCAAAUCUUGGGUGGCAAUAUCUAUCCUGUUGCCAGAGAAAAUCCGAAUGUGUCAGGACCUGUAGUAUUUCUGGGAGCCAAGAGCGGGAAUAUGCCUGUAUCUCAUUGGCCUGAAGUCCCACCGGCUUCCCGGCCAGAUCCACCCAACUAUGCCAUCCUUCGAGCCAGCAAACAGAUCUACAAUGAGGCCCUGAAAGCGGCGUGGGAGGGUACAACAAAGCACUUUGCAGAUGGACUUUGGCUGGAGAAAGUGCUGGAAGCACCAAUUGCCCCAUCUAACCAUCGCUGGCUCACUCAUAUCCAACUCUCCAUGAGUACAAAAGAAUGCUUCCGAUUUUUCGGGAUUGACAUUCACCCCGUCCUUCGAUUGCCGCCGCUUGUACCAAAAGCUCGCUUGCUGCAAGGAAUCGCUACCCUUAAUAACCUCGAAAUCGUAUUUGGAUCACCAUACGUUCCCUAUUCAAACCCUUGGUUUUCUUUUCCCAAUCGCCCGCCAACUAUAAUGAAGUACCCGUGUCAUAAGAUCAUGGUCGAGUGGGCGCUGAUCUUCGCCUUUCCAUACCUCAAGCACAUCCCGAAUGUUCGGCUCGCAGGCUGUAUCAAGACCUGCACAAAAUCGAAAUGGGAACAUAUCCUAAGCAAUGAGUACUACCUGCGGAAGGAAAGCUUCAAGACUCACGGAUACGACCCUGCUAUGGAGGCUUAUGAGCUGUUAGAAGAACAGCGCCCUAUGCACCGGCAAGUGUGA